AUGCACACGAAGAGCGACUCGGCCAUGACGAGCCUGGCGGCGUCGUCCCCUCCGCAGUCGCCUUCACUCUACACGAUGAGCCCCACCCACUCCCACCACGACGCCGAUGGGGUUUCCAUCGUCGGAUCCUCCCCUGGCGCAUCCCCUUUGCACCCCAACUACCACCACCACCGCUACGCUGGCUCCCCUAUCCAACAUUUCCGCGGUUCCUCCGCCUCCCUCAAGUACGCCUCAUCUUGGCGCAAGAUCCACAACCACCAUCAGCACGCACACUAUCACCACGGCGCCGCCUCCUCCGAUUGCUCCGAGCCAGAUGACGACGACGAUGACGGAGACGGCGGCGUCGGCGGAGGCGGAGACCCCGUACCGGUUCACUGCUACGCGGCCUGGUUCGCCCUGGGGUCCAUCCUCCUCUUUACCCUCUUCUCCCUCGGACUCUGGGGCGCCAGCAAGUCCUACAAGCCCGCGGUUUUCGUCAAGGGCGUGGUGUUCCAGAGCUACCAUCUCCAAGCGGGAACGGACGUCACCGGGGUGUCCACCAAGAUGCUCUCCAUCAACUCGACGGUCAGCAUUGCGUUUCGUAAUCCGGCCACGUUCUUUAGCGUCCACACGUCAUCCACGCCCCUGGUGAUGUACUAUUCGGAGCUCAAGAUCGCCUCCGGAUACAUGGAGGAGUUCAAUCUGUCCCGAAAGCGCGGGCGCGUGGUGGUCGUGGCGGUAGGCGGCAGACAGAUGCCGCUCUAUGGCGGGGGCUCGAGCCUGGAAAGCCAGGCCGAGGAAGGCGGCGCCCCCACGGUGGUGCCGCUGGAGCUAUCCUUCACGGUCCGGUCACGGGCGCACCUCCUCGGUCACCUGAUCACGUUCGAGUUCUACCGCCAUGUUCGGUGCUCCCUCGCCCUCCGCGAGGAACGCCUCGGCGAGCCCCUCGACCUCGCCGACGACUGUCAGUACGGUGACGGGUGAGGGCGGCAAGGAUGGGGUGAUUCGAAUUGAACUGGUGGUGGCUAGUGAUAAGCUUCCUCGAUCAAAGGUUACUAUUGCGGUGAAAUUUCUUUUAGAGGACAGAUGAAAUACUUAUAUUUUAUCAUCUUUUGGCAUCAGUCUAAUAGAUUCAAAGCUUAUUUGGUUUCACUGCUUGGUAGAACAGAGAACAUUCUAAAGCUUGCAAACAUACCACUUCGACAUGCUUCGAACAUGGUAGAACGGAGAACAUGUACAGAAUCCCUAACCCGAUCACAGUAACUGACGCUAUAUGGAUACUUGUAGAUCUGACCGUAGAUAUGGUGGGGAUCUAAGAGCGGGGAAGGCCCAGAUCGAGCAGUAGUAACUGAGAUUUAUCUACAGCCGCUGUUGCUGCUUGGCCGGUGAGAGGACGACGGCUUCGACAACGAAUGCCGACAGCAACCCAGCCUUAAUUCUGAACACGCAUAACCAUUGACUACUUGCUUCAUGAGAGAAGCCGAUGCAACUACAGCCGCUGUUGCUGCUUGGCCGGUGAGAGGACGACGGCUUCGACAACGAAUGCCGACAGCAACCCAGCCUUGACGCUGAACACGCAUAACCAUUGACUACUUGCUUCAUGCGAGAAGCUGAUGCAAUAAGUGUGGAUGUUAUGGAGAAUUAAUAGCGAUGACAGUAGAAGUUGUGCUUCAAACAGGACACCGGUGACCCACUCAGUAAUGGCCGCUGUGUAGGUCUUGCAGAAGUUAAUGUCGGCCGAC